AUGCUGAACUUGGAGAGCAGCGUCACAUCUCAACUACCGCCGUUGAACUACAUGACUUGGCUCACAAGUUUUCUCUUCACAACAAAGGUCUUCAGCAUGAUGGUUGUCUUCGAAUACGGCUUAGUGUCGUGGCUCAUGAUGAUAGAAGGUCAAAGAGUCCGAAAGUUUGAGGCUAUGAAGCAGAUGGCUAUUGCGCUGAAGAGGGAUACAGAGGAGCAACAGGGGCAUGCAGCGGCGGAAACGGUGGAAUGGGAUGAAGAUGAUGAUGAGGACGUGAAUCUACAGGUCGCCCGGGAGACAGAGGAAUCACACGUCACGGCAGAGAAGCACAAAGUGCAGAGGUCCAAAUCCACGCUUUCAGUUGGUUCACGUAGAAAGGCAGUUGUCCUUGCAAAGGGCCCGGAGCAAAUCCAGGAAGUGUGGGACAUGUUCGACAAGGACGGGUCCGGUUGCUUCGAUCAACGUGAGAUUCAGCUAGGCUUCCGCAAGCUUGGACAGUAUUUGAGCAUGGACCAAGUUAAAAGGAUGUUCUUCCGUCUUGGCGUAGAAUCAGAGACACUGGACGGUGAAGCAUUCCAGCGCAUGCUACUGGAUCUGAACCUAUACCUGCCGGGGACGCCCUUUACCCUCACCUAUUGGGAACGCCCGCCUUCUCUCCAAGUGGACAUCGCAUUUCGCUACGUCUACAUCCUUGCUUUGGCCGUUGUGACGAUUUCGUGGUUGGCGCUUGCCGGCAGGUGA